GGUGCUUUGAAUGGGAAGGCCAGAAUUACCGCUGGUAAGGGAAUUAAAAAAUGCACAAGCAAGAAUAGCCAAAUGGAAAAAGAAAUUCAGUCAUGGUUAACGUUGUACAUGUGUCUUUUUUCGGUCUUGUUAGGGUUCGUGAGAGUCGGCUAAGCCAAACAUUGGAAUGCCGAGCAAUUCGUCCUAUAGGCGGUGAUAUUUGUGUUGCACAAUACUUACCUCGCGGACUGAAGAAUGAAUAUUUUGGGUUUCUUUCCAUUCUAAAUUACAACGUCAACCGGUGCAAUGUGGAUUACCCUCGGGGACUUUCGUUAUUACUAGUGAUCUCGUUGUUGACAUUCCUGGAUAAGUCGGACGAUGGGGGCUGGAAACGCGAUUCUAUUGGCAAUGUGGAAAACGAGCUUCUUUUGACGUCUCAGGAACCGGGUGCACAAGAUGGAUGUAAUAGGAAUCAGAAACCCAUCAGCAAAAAGGAACAACAAAAACGGUUAAAAACAGAACGUGACAACGAACAACGAUUAAGAUUAAUGCUGGAAAAGGAUGCACGACGAUCGCAAAAGCAAAUAAUCAUGCAACAUCACGAGCGACAAAUGAAAAGUGCCGGUAAUACUCCCAAUACCAGCCCAUUGGAAUCGCCGGUGCCUACGCCCAGCGUGUCGUCGUCGAUGGUCAGCGAUCGUCUGUCGCGAUCCGCUUCCACGAUGUUCAAAAAGGAGCAAAAUAAGGUUGCCCGUCUCCUGAGUAACCUUAGUUUGAAACAGCCGCAGCCAUCAUUAUCACCACCAUCAUCACAACAACAACAGCAACAACAGCAACAACAACAACAACAAGAGCCAACUAUCCAAGUGGACAAGGACCAAUUCACGUGUCCUCCCAGUUAUUAUCAUAUGAAAGAUUCCCAGCCUCCCAGUGUUCUCAAUAUCCGUUGGCACUCCCCAUCGUACCACACUCGCCCGCAGCAAGAACGCAGACUUUCAGUUGACAACAAUCCUUCCACAUAUGUCUCACCCGAACGUAAACUAACUCGCCGCUCCGCUUACGCCUAAACAAGGAAAAAAGAAAACUUGUCUUUGCGAGAAUUCAUGCAAAGAAUGUCACGUUGGCAGUAGGCUGGAAAAAAAAGCUCAUGCUUUGGCUCCUCUAGCAUUAAAAUGAAUUGGUUUUAACUUUCAUACAAUCACGCAACAUCAACUCACCUGUAGGUUGUAUAUGUAGGCUUUAAAUUCCCAAAUUUUCUGUAUAUAUAAUUUAUAUAAAAAGUUUUGUCUAAAAAGUGACU